CUCUUCUGAUAGGUAGGUGUCAUAGCGCCGCCGGGCGCCUAGAUAAUGGUUUUGGAAGAUGGCGGCUUCUGGCAGUCUGUUCUCCGACUUGCGGGAUAUUAAGAAGCAGCUGCUCAGUGUGAGCUGGCUGUGCAGGGAGAGGGGUCUGAUGCACAGCGUGAAAUGGUGAGCGGGGCUGGGGGCAGCAUAGGGAGAAAUAACAGCAUCACAAUAAUAGAUCAACCCACCCUGAGUGUUAUACACAGUAAUAAUAGAUCUACCCACCCUGAGUGUUAUACACAGUAAUGAUAGAUCUACCCACCCUGAGUGUUAUACACAGUAAUAAUAGAUCUACCUACCCUGAGUGUUAUACACAGUAAUAAUAGAUCUACCCACCCUGAGUGUUAUACACAGUAAUGAUAGAUCUACCCACCCUGAGUGUUAUACACAGUAAUGAUAGAUCUACCCACCCUGAGUGUUAUACACAGUAAUAAUAGAUCUACCCACCCUGAGUGUUAUACACAGUAAUGAUAGAUCUACCCACCCUGAGUGUUAUACACAGUAAUAAUAGAUCUACCCACCCUGAGUGUUAUACACAGUAAUAAUAGAUCUACCCACCCUGAGUGUUAUACACAGUAAUGAUAGAUCUACCCACCCUGAGUGUUAUACACAGUAAUGAUAGAUCUACCCACCCUGAGUGUUAUACACAGUAAUAAUAGAUCUACCCACCCUGAGUGUUAUACACAGUAAUGAUAGAUCUACCCACCCUGAGUGUUAUACACAGUAAUGAUAGAUCUACCCACCCUGAGUGUUAUACACAGUAAUGAUAGAUCUACCCACCCUGAGUGUUAUACACAGUAAUAAUAGAUCUACCCACCCUGAGUGUUAUACACAGUAAUAAUAGAUCUACCCACCCUGAGUGUUAUACACAGUAAUAAUAGAUCUACCCACCCUGAGUGUUAUACACAGUAAUGAUAGAUCUACCCACCCUGAGUGUUAUACACAGUAAUAAUAGAUCUACCCACCCUGAGUGUUAUACACAGUAAUAAUAGAUCUACCCACCCUGAGUGUUAUACACAGUAAUAAUAGAUCUACCCACCCUGAGUGUUAUACACAGUAAUAAUAGAUCUACCCACCUUGAGUGUUAUACACAGUAAUGAUAGAUCCACCCUGAGUGUUAUACACAGUAAUGAUAGAUCUACCCACCCUGAGUGUUAUACACAGUAAUAAUAGAUCUACCCACCUUGAGUGCUAUACACAGUAAUGAUAGAUCCACCCUGAGUGUUAUACACAGUAAUGAUAGAUCUACCCACCCUGAGUGUUACACAGUAAUGGUAGAUCCACCCUGAGUGGUACACGGUAAUGGUAGAUCCACCCUGGGUGUUGUACACUGUAAUGGUAGAUCCACCCUGGGUGUUGUACACGGUAAUGGUAGAUCCACCCUGGGUGCUAUAUAUUUGAGAAAUGGCACGGACAGGUUUUGCACCUACAGUAAUCUUAGGGUGGUAUAAUAAAAACGGAAUAUAUCCUGCAUGCAAGUUUUAAUAGAUUUAGUUGGUGAAAGCCAGGGCUAUGGAGUCAAUUUUGGGCUACUGGAGUAAGUUGGUAAAAAGAAUUUAGAAUUCAGCUAAGUGUACCAGAUAAACUGGCAUAUAAAAUGACCCCCAAAAAUGAUAUGUUAUAUAGGUUUAGGUCUAUAUUCACCAGCUAAUUUGAAUCCCAAAAUAAUGUGCAGCGUUUCAGACCAGGAUAGGCUUGUGCACUCAUAUGCUUGUGAUGUGGGCCUAGACCAGGCAACAGAAUUCAACAAAUAAUCCCAUUUUUUUUUUUUUAAUUAUAAGUCUUGUUUUACUUACUGUUUCCUAUUAUAUUGUAGGUUGUUUUAUUAUGUAGUUAGUAAGAUGGUGAGUGAUUAACCCCCUAAGGACUGAGCCAUUUGUACAAGUUGUGAUCAAAACGAAAUGUAAACAAAACCUGGAAUUUGCGCUACAAGUGGUUCAACCAUAAUUCACCUCUUUCAUAUUAAGUGCGCCCACACUUUUCGUUCAGGAGAAACUGGGCUUUCAUUUCAUAUGAAAUAUUUAUAUAUGAAACCAAAUUUAAUAUGAAAAAAAUCUUAAGUAUGAGAAAUUAAGAAAUUUUAUUUUUCAAGUUCUGUAUGACAGUUUAACUGUGAAUGUCAUAAUACUCAUGGAUUUUACUGCAAUAAAAUACACAUAUUUGUAUUCAGAAAUUUAUCACGAGUAUAACAUUAUCCACCAUGUACAGGUUUUAUGGGUUUUUCAGAAAUAAACUUUCCUUUCACCGAUAUCAGUAUCAUACAUUUUACUGCUCUAAAACACUCUUAUCUGUGUAGAGUAAUGUCUCACGAGUACAAUAGUACCCCUCAAGUACAGAUUUUAUGGUGAUUUGAAAAGUAACAGGGUCAAACAUAAGAUUUGCCAAUUUCUUUUUUGCAAAUUGCUAUGUUGCCUUUGAGAUGGUAUGGCAGCCCAGAAAUGAAAAUGAACCCCACCAUGACAUACCAUUUGAAAAAGUAGACAACCCAGGAUAUUCAAAAUGGGGUAUGUCCAGUCUUUUGUAGUAGCCACUUAGUCACAAAUACUGAAUGAUUGAAGUUAACUAACUCUUAACUAACUCAAGUGUCUAAUGGUGAUUUCCAUUUGAUUCCUAUUAGGGCAUCUGAAUUGGCUUUUUCUUUGGAAUCCAUCCCUAUCAACGAGUUGCCUCCCACCCCAGAACUCACAGAGGUAAGACAAGAGAAGGUGCAGUACUUGACAAUGUUUGCUAUCACCAGAGACGGACUUAGUAGCAUAUAAAUAAGAUUUUUAAAGAACCACUGUAGUGCCAGGAAAACAAACUCGUUUUCCUGGCACUAUAGGCUCUUUAGGUCCCCCCCACCCUCAGGGUCCCACUUCCGCUGGCCGGAAGGGGUUAAACGCUUACCUUUCUCCAGCGCCGGGCUCCGUCUGUGUUGGGGAACUCUCCUCCUCCUGCCGACGUCAGCGCCGAAUGCGUAUGUGCGGCAAGAGCCGAUCGCGCAUUCAAACCGCCCAUAGGAAAGCAUUUCUCAAUGCUUUCCUAUGGAUGUCAGCGUCUUCUCAAUGUGAUUUUCACAGUGAGAAGCGUGGAAGCGCCUCUAGCGGCUGUCAAUGAAACAGCUACUAGAGGCUGGAUUAACCCAUGGGUAAACAUAGCAGUUUCUCUGAAACUGCUAUGGUUACAGCUUCAGGGUUAACCCUAGAGGGACCUGGCACCCAGACCACUUCAUUGAGCUGAAGUGGUCUGGGUGCCCAUAGUGGUCCUUUAAGUAUCAUAUUUUGACAAGUUUAUUUAAAGAUGAGGUAAUUUUAUGUUUUUCCCCUAACUUCAUGCAUUGCUUUUUUACAGGAAGAUGUUCAGGAUCUUGAUGCUUAUACACUAGCCAAAUCUUACUUUGACUUGAAAGAAUAUGACAGAGCAGCCUACUUUUUGCGUGGUUGUAAAAGCCAAAAAGCCUACUUCUUGUACAUGUACUCCAGGUACCUGGUAAGAACACUAUCUUGUAACAAAAUGGUUUCAUCCUUUUUUUUUUAUUUUUUUAUUUUUUUUUAUUAAUUUUAUUUUUUGUUUACUGUCCUACGUUUAAAUAGACAAUUUUCUUGUUGGUCAUAAAUGGACCAAAGGGUGAUAUACGUUUAAAGUAGACUAAAUAUUUAAAGACGUUUUUCUUUUCUCCUGAAGUUCUGUUUUUUGUUUUUAUCAUUAUUAGACCGCGUUUAUUUUUAUGUGUAUUUUCUGGUUAGGAAUUGUUUGACGUUUAACUGUGUUCCGGAUUGCUUAUUCAUAUCAGUCCAAUCAGUGAUAACAGUAUGUUACAAAAUGUCCUGUAGCUGUUGCGUUCCCAUUUACUUUAGGUUUAGUGUAAUAAAGUGAAUGCAUGUUUGAAGGGGCUAAGUACCACAACUAUGGUAAACACUACAUGUUUUAAUUGUUUUCUUUUUCAGUCUGGAGAAAAGAAGAAAGAUGAUGAGACUGUGGAUAGUUUAGGUAUGUUAAGGAGACUAUAUUAACUGAAUACGUCCUCCAUAAUUAUUUUUCCCCCUAUAUAAUUCCUAAAUAAUUGUUGUUGGAAAUGUUUAAAUAAACCGAGGGUUACGCAGCCAUCCUUUUCUUUUGUCACAAUUCUGUCCCUCCUCACUGUAAAAUGGUUAACACUGAUACGGGCCUUCUAAUAUUUUCACAGAGGUUAAAUGUUACACAGGGAUCGUGGAAAUAUUAAUCCAUCUAAUAAUUUAGUGACCUGAACAGGAAUUAAAAUCCUGGCCAGAAUUGUUAGAUGUGUUUUUUUUUUUUUUUUUUCUUCCUCAUUUUCCACUUUGCCAUGCAAUAGUCACACAUAGCCUCCAGUUCACUUGAAAACAACAAUAGUGGUUGCUGUGGGCUUUUGGAAAUUGGUGCCACCAAGCGUUUCCAUUCACUGGCAUAACUGGUUAUUCUUCAUAAAUAGAAAACUGACAGUGAGACCCUUUCACUUUUUUAGUGUGAAUUACCGGAAAUGCACAGUUAUGCUAUCAUACAUGUGUGCUUGCUCAGUAAUUCUAACAUUGAUUUGAACACAACCUAAGAUUAGUUGAGAUAUUGGACAGUUCUUUUUAUAAAUGGAUGUCACUGGAGCCAAAUAAAAGGUCAAUGUUUAAUGCAAAGUUACAUUCAGAAGUCAUGCAUAAAAUGAUAGUAAGUCUACAUACAAAUCUGUAAAUCUUUAUUUAUAAUUGUACUGAUCUAUUAAGGAAUGCAGUGUAAGUUGGGUUUUCUUGUUUUGUGUGUGUGUAAUGUUCAGGUCCACUUGAGAAAGGACAGGUGAAGAAUGAAGCUCUGAGAGAGCUACGGGUGGAGCUGAGUAAGAAGCACAAAGCAAGAGAGCUGGAUGGAUUUGGCCUUUAUCUGUAAGUUAUAAAUUCACUGCUCUGUUUGCCGUAACAGUGAUUUUUGAUUUAUAGACUCUGCAUAUGUUCGCUCUUCAGGUAUGGUGUGGUUCUGCGAAAGUUGGACCUGGUCAAAGAAGCAGUGGAUGUGUUUGUGGAAUCGACACACAUCUUGCCGUUGCACUGGGGAACUUGGUUGGAGUUGUGUAAUCUGAUUACAGACAAGGAGAUGGUAAAGAAUGCUCAACCCUGCACUAGCAACUAAAUAGAUGGCGUCCAUUUAUAUAUUGUGAAUUCGCAAAAUAUUCUUGCACAUGAGCAUUAAAAAGCUUGUGCAAUGAAAAGCAUUUUCCCAUCAAACUAUUUGAGAAUAAAAAAAGCCAAACAAACAUGAGGCAGCACCCACAGACUCACUAUGCCAUAUCCAAUGCACUGAGCUGUAGUGAUUAUUGUAUAUAGUUUCACUUUAAGGUGUGGAUCUGUUAUAGUUCUGACUUGCAUGCACAAUCCUCCGUUAUUUUCUCACUGCAGUUCAAGCUAUUUAAUUGUAUGUCCCCUUUUAAUUGUCAUGUUGCGUUCAUGUGACAAAAAGCGUGUCAUUUCUAUUAUCCGAACUGCUUUGUGUCUCCCUAGCUGAAGUUCCUCUCCCUGCCAGAGUCGUGGAUAAAGGAAUUUUUCCUGGCACAUAUCUAUACAGAGUUGCAACUAAUUGAAGAAGCUUUGCAAAAGUACCAGAGCCUCAUAGAUGCUGGGUUCUCAAAGAGCACUUAUAUUAUUUCCCAAAUUGCUGUAGCUUAUCAUAACAUCAGAGGUAACGUCAGCUCUCCCUGAAUAACUUUAUACAUAUAUAUAUAUUAUUAAAGAAGGUUGAUCUUGUUUCCAUCCUAACAUUGUUUUGCUUGUGACAGAUAUUGACAAAGCCCUCUCUAUCUUCAAUGAAUUACGUAAGCAGGAUCCAUACAGGAUAGAGAACAUGGAUACAUUUUCUAAUCUGUUGUAUGUGCGGGUGAGUGUUCACAUGCUUUUUAAUGUUCUUGUAAUCACAGAGACAUCCAACUAAACCAAAUGUAAAUGUUCCAAUUAACUGUGAAGCUGUUUGUUUGAUAUUAGAUUCUUCCCGUCAUCCCCUAUAGGGCCUGAAGCCAGAGCUGAGUUUCUUGGCUCAUAACCUCUGUGAUAUCGACAAAUAUCGAGUAGAGACUUGUUGUGUUAUUGGUAAGUGGUGGCUGGUGCUGAAUGAGUAUAUGUCACUGGUUAGAAAGGAAGUCUACAUGAAGAUCUAACCUUCUUUGUGGUUUAUUACAGGGAAUUAUUACAGUCUCCGCUCACAACAUGAAAAAGCAGCAUUGUAUUUCCAAAGGGCAUUAAAACUGAACCCGCGGUAUCUCGGUGCUUGGACGCUGAUGGGUCAUGAAUACAUGGAAAUGAAGAAUACGUCUGCCGCAAUACAGGCAUACAGGUAUAAACAAACAUAUAGUAACGUUUGUUGGGUCAGGAUUUCUGUGAGUGUAGAAAUCACAAAAAAUUUUUUUGAAUCUAAUUAAAUAAAUCCUAUGUUUACGACAAAAUGUAUUGUCUUAGUGUUUCACCUCAAUAGCCAGUGUUAAUGAUAUAUUAAUUAAAUGUUUGCAUAUUAACAAUAGCUGAAUUUGAAGUCUUUAUAUUCGACUCCUCUUUGUUUAAAUUAUUUAAUACUUUAAAAAAAAAAAAAAAAACUUCAGGUUGAAGUGACUUGCAUCUGCAGGGACAACAAUGAAACACUUAACAGUUCUGUUACUCCAAAGAAAAUGAUUGAUUUGCAUGGGAUUGUUGUGCUCUCCAGGAAAAGUGCUUAACACAUUGCUUUGAAUUGAGCAGCAUAUUUGUAGUUUUAAUUAAACCAAUCACUUUCAUAUGGUUUAACCCAUGAGUGUUCAUUUUAUUUUUGUUUUGUUUUUGUGGCAUAGGCAUGCAAUAGAAGUCAACAAAAGAGAUUAUCGAGCGUGGUAUGGGUUGGGACAAACGUAUGAAAUCCUGAAGAUGCCAUUUUACUGUCUUUAUUACUACCGACGUGCCCACCAGCUUAGGUAAUAGAAUUUGUAAGAAUUUGUUAAGCAGAAAAGGGUAUAAUCAGACCCGUAAAAUAUUAACUUGUCGUGCCUUGCCUUGCAGACCUAAUGAUUCCCGAAUGCUAGUUGCUUUGGGAGAAUGCUAUGAAAAACUGAGCCAGCUUGUAGAGGCUACAAAAGUAUGUUGGUUUUUCUUUUUUAAUUAAUUUUAAUGUGAAAGUCACUGAACAUUUUAUUCAUUUCUGUAAACCUUAAGAUUCUCCUAAGAAUUGUUGAUUAACAUAUACAUUGUAAAUAAAUGUGAAACAUGCAUUGCAUAUAUUACAGCUGAGGAACGGGCGAGCUGUGAGCACGUAGGAAAUUAAACUUACCCAAAGUUUUCCAUACGGAGAGCAACAAUACAACAAUUGGGUUUCACCUUGUUUUCCUGCAUGGAUAGACAGCACUUUAUGCUUAAAACAUUUCACAAAAAAUAGGUUAGGGCCAUCACUCACUCCCAUCCCUCUUUGGUAUAAAUUCCAAAUGCACCCCAGUUUCCCUCCAUGGAACAGGUUCUAGUUAGUGUUACGUCCCAUUUUUAUUUUGUAAUGCGUACAAUGGUGGGAUUAGUUUGUCAGAUAAUGGUUUAUGAGAAGUAAUACCAGUGAGUGCUGUACCACACGCAUAAGUUAGAAAUAUAUAUUUUACUAGUUUGUAAAUCUGUCUUCUCUUGCAGUGUUACUGGAGGGCGUAUGCUGUUGGUGAUGUGGAGAAAAUGGCUUUGGUUAAAUUGGCUAAGUGAGUGAUUUUUGCUGCAAUUCCCAUUUUAUAUAGAAUUAAUAUAUUUUAAAGUAAAGUAAUUAAUGUUAUAAAAUGAGCAUGCCCCUUUGCCUCCGAUGCACUGCUUGUCCCAAUAAAUGUUUGAGGAUUUGAGGAAGUGUCACAUUCAGAAAACUCUAAGCACCAUAACAACUACAGUAUUCUUCCAUUAGCUCGCCUGUGCUAAGCCUUGCAGGGCCAACUCAUUGGCUAAGAGCAUUUAGCUCAGAGCUGCAAGCUUCUGACAGCAGUGAAGUCAUGGACUAGUGCCUUGUGCCUCUGAUAACAUGUCAAACUGUUCUAAAAUGGUUUGACCACUUACAUUAAAGGGACACCAGGGUACUAAUAUCACCACAGCCUAUACAGUGCACUAAAUCACUUGUUUUUAGUUAUUAUUUUUUUUAUAAAAGUUAAUUGGCUUGUAUUAAGGCAGGUACUUGCAUUCUAUAUUUCUUCCACUCUGGGCAUUCAGCAUAGAUCAAUUUCACACUUGUAGAUCUGACUGUUUUUUACUUUAUAAAAACUCGUUCUGGGAUUGUAGGUAUAUAAAACUAAAGUUUCAUUUAAACUUUUAAGGGGUUAAAUCUGGUUAAAUAUGAGUUAUUUCGAUGCAUUUCAUUGUUUUUAUGUUUAGGCUCCAUGAGCAAUUGAAUGAAUCUGAGCAGGCUGCUCAGUGCUACAUCAAAUACAUCCAGGACAUUUAUUCCUGUGGGGUAAGGAACUUAUCAAACCAAGAAGUCAAACUGCAUGUCUGGUUGCUUAGUGUAAUAAUCUCACUCUGUCCUGCCCUGUAGGAGACAGUGGAACAUCAGGAAUUGAGCACAGCAUUUCGAUAUCUGGCCCAGUACUAUUUCAAGUGCAAACUAUGGGACGAGGCUUCUGCUUGUGCACAGAAAUGCUUCAAUUUUAAUGAAGUAAGUGAGAUAUAAUAAUAAACCGUAUCUACUGCAUUUAAUGAUUUAGGCAUUUUGUUACGUGCCCAGCUGCUUUAGGGUAGUGGGUAGUACUUUGAAUUGCUUCUGUGCCCAGAACCGUUAUCUUUAAGCUGCAUCCAAACUGUUGCACAAAAAAUCUGUGUAUUAUGGCGCUAAAAUAUUUCAAAUUCUAAAUUCCUAAACUGUUUCACACUUAUGAACCUUACCCUCAGUGUUACACCCAAAAUAUUUUCUACAUCUAUACUAUAUUUCACGGUUUAUCAUUCGAUAUAUUAAGUAUGAUUUUAAAGGGUUAUUAUAAGUAGUGCAACCUGCUGUUUUACAAGUUUGCAACUUAUCUGGGUCCCACCUCAGGGAAUGGCCACUUGGACAUUCAUUUAUUUACUGCAGUUCAGCAGAGCGCUCUUGGCCAUUGACCGAGAUCAUUUUCAUAAAAUAUGCCAGAAUUAAUAUUAGGCAACCAGGAACUCUUGUUCCAGGCUUACUAUUGGUAGAAUUUCACCUCCAUCAGCAACAUAAAGUGUCCAAAUAUGUGCAUUGUUUUAUACUGAAACAAAACAUAGAGUUUCCUUGCACCACGAAUACUUCAGAUCACUGAAGUGGUCAAAGUGCUUGGAGUAACCAUUUAAAGGGUUACAGUAGCCAUCAUAACAACUACAACCCGCUGUAGUGAUGGUUUAAUGGCAGAAGUGCCCUGGUGCCGUCCCCCGGUAAUAGGGCAAACUGUUCUUCAGUGGCGCCGGGUAGGUUUCCGACAUCCUGUGUCAGCUGAUUGCUCUCAGUUGAUUUUGUUGGCCUCAUUUUUUUUCUAGCUCAGCAUUUGUGGCGUACCAUUCACAAUCUUUGUCAAUUCUCCUCAGUACUUUGUUUAGUAUCACCCAUUUUGUUCCUGAUGUACAUGUACAAUCCCUUACAGCCAGUCUCUCUUGUAUGGAUGGAAAAUAUUGGAGUACUAACGGAUAUCCAUCCAAUUUAUGGCAAGUUGUAUUCAAUCCAUUUGUAGAUAUAGGGUGAUCUCACUCACCAGGUUAUGUAGCAUGGCAUACAAGAUGAGCCAUGUAUGAAACAGUGAUGGUCACAAUGCUCUGGUUUCCUGCAUCUCACAAGGUUGAAUUUUAAAUUCAAGGUAAAAAUAGCCACGUUGGAAUCAUUGUCUGUCAGCUAUGUUUCCAUUUUGACUCCUUUGACCUUACAUUUGAAAUUCACUUUGACGGGGUUAUUCACUGAUGUAAAAAAUUCAGUUAUUGUUUAAAUACCUCUACUAUUGGUUUCGAAUUAAUAAUCCAUUUUACUUUUUCAGACUAGAGAAGAAGGAAAGGCCCUUUUACGUCAGAUUCUACAGCUCCGUAAUCAGAAUGAAAGUCCAUCAAAUGACCUCCCACCUGCCGUCCCCUUUUUCCUUCCACAGUCCAUUUCAGCCAGCAACACACCCACCAGAAGAGUAUCUCCACUUAAUCUUUCCUCCGUCACGCCAUAGCACUUUCUGCGCAGACAUUUUGAAUAGAGGUGCUUAUUAAAAGAACAGUGAAGUUAACUUUUUUUGAACUGCUGUUUCAAUUGAAGUGGAGAUCAUUUUUCAGUCUCUUGUAUGUGGCAAAAUUAUUCUGCCCAACAGUUCUAGGAGUGGUCAGAUUUGGUCUCGCACAGACAGAACUCCCAGGCAUCGCCUGUCUGCUUUGUACUUGUCAAUAAACUUUUUUUAUACCGUGUCAUAAGGUUUUCUACUUGCUACGUAAGACGUUUUCACUCCAUCCUUCCCAGAGUAAACACACAGGCUAAUUUUUAAUCUGCCUUCCCCAAAAAUGCAUCUGGUUCCUUUAAAGUACCCAGUAGUAGGGUGAUUGACCAGUUUUCUUCAAAUCUACUGUAGGACAAAAUUGAUCUAAGUACAGCUUGAAGGUCUGAUAAGUGGUGCAAACGGCUUCUGUAAGCAGACAGGUGCAAUAGUACUGCUACAGUAAUCAUUUGAAUAUUAUUACUGGACUUUCAAGACAAAUAAUGCAUGAAUUGAUUAAAUGAUGGAGAAAAGUAAGUGGUUGAGUGGUCUGAUAAAUGACAAUACUGCCCCCCAAAAAAACGCAACUUAAAUGAGAGCUUCGUUUUACUCACCAGAAACUCUUUUUUCCAUAGUCCAAGCAGCAGUGUAUGCAGUGUUUUAUUGAGCUAUUUUAUUAUUGGGUAGUUAUGUUUAGUGCUGCUGUACUAUAUCUACGGAUAUCAUUUUUCUUGUUAGAGGACCUUACUUAUCUCCAGGCAGCACUUUCCCGCUCAGUGUGAGAUUAUGCCAAUUUAUUUUCAUGUUUAUACAUUCUCACAGUUAAGCCCUUGGACAAUCCUAGUGGCCUGGUUUCAUAGUCUCUAUGGAUCCAGUAUUUGACUUUUUUUUUUAGAUCUGUAAAACGCCAAUUAAACAGAGCCCAGCUCUCCGAUCCCCAGUCAUGCCUUGCCCAAUCACUGUAUUUAACCCUUGUUCACCGUUAUUAAAAAAAAAAAAAAAAUAUGACAAGAUAUUUUAUUUAGUGCAAAAUAAUGGGUGUAUCUUUUUUUCUAGCAAACAAUUGAAAAGGAAUGUCUUCAAGAGGCUCAAAUGGAAUCUGAUAAAAGGAGAUUAUGGUGUCCUGGUGGAAGGUUUAGUGAUUGAAAUGAUUCUGACAAUUUUUUUAAAAUUAGAAUAUAGUCUGCAGUAUUACAUAGUGAUGAUGAACCAAUCGUUUCAAUCUGUACUUUGAAGUUUGAGCUGAGACAUUUCUUGAAAUCAGAAAGUAGAGAAUAAGUAAGGGCUGCACCCAGCCCUUACGAGCAGACCCCGGGUCGUCCGUUUGCAUGCCACUGGCCUUGCUAAACAGGAACCGUC